AAUCCGUACGGUUUUCCGCAAUAAUGAAUUUUGAGAUCUAAUAUUAAUCAUACUUGUUCCAGUUUGCUGCAACUCGUGAUUCCCGGUGUAAGCCGUGAUUUCAUUUCUCCUGCUACAUACCAUAUUCGAAAAUGUUGGCCCACUACUACUGCGUUUUCUUCUUCGUGGCAAAACUUGUGGCCGCUACACCGGAACUGAAACUCGUUCACGUUUUAUUCGCCCACGCUAUGGAAUAUCCUGUCCCGGCUUAUACAGCAAUUACGGAUUUAACGGAGAACCCAAUCCUGGAGGGAAUGACCAACGAGGAGAUGCGAAUGGCCUACGAUCUUGGCGUUCGUUUGCGGAGAAGAUACGGCGAGUUUCUCGGUGAGUUGCUCCAUCCGGAAGUGACAAAGGUCCGUACGAUCGACGAGAACAUGUCAAAGUUGUCGGCAGCAUUAGUGAACGCGGGGCUUUGGCCACCAGCAAAUCUCCAGCGAUGGUCGGAGAGUUUGAAUUGGCAACCAGUUCCCGUGGAUUACGUCCCGCUAGAGGAAGACGUUCUACUGAUGGGUAGGCUGUGUCCGACCUUCGUGAAGGUGACAAACGACGUGAGAAAAAGGGCAAACACUCUUCAGCUGGAGGCGAAGCACCGCGAGCUGUUUUCCUUGAUCGGUAACCAGACGGGUUUGGGGAUGCGCAACUCUGAGGACAUCGCGUACCUCUACAAGAGCCUGAGAGCUCGAGCCAGCCGCGAUUUGCCAUUGCCGACGUGGACUCAAGGGAUAUUCCCGAACGGAGAAAUGCGGGACGUAAAGUACCUCGAGGACUCGAUACUAUCCAGAACGGAACUACAGAUGAAGCUGAACGUCGGUUUUCUCAUAAAAAAAAUCCUCGAGGACUCGACCGCUCAGGCUAAAGGCUCGUUGACCGGGGAGAGGAAAAUCAUGAUGUACAGCGGAGACGAGGACCUGUUAAUCGGAGUCAUGCACGCCCUUGGAGUCUGGAAACAGCACGUGCCGAAUCCGGCCGCAGCUCUGAUUUUCGAGUUUCUGAAGGACAGUGUGAAGCACACGUACGAAAUGAGGGUACUCUAUGACGUCGGGCCCAACAACCUUACGGUCCCAUUGACCAUUCCUGGGUGCAAGGCGCGUCAGAAUGACUCUGGAUGCCCGUUCGAGGACUUGACCCUGUUACUGGAGAAAAUUUUGCCAGGUGACAUCGAGGAUCAAGUCCUUUGUGGUCGAGCCGUCAACCACAACUUGUACCAAGAGGAGGUCGAUGCCGUUCUUGUUACCCUGAACGACGCCACGAAAGCAACUGCCGGAGCAUUCGUGAUUCUCGCCGUCUCGAUGGUUGCCAGCGCUGUGUAUCUUGUUCGAAUAUAACUGUGUGUGAUGCAAAUUAUUGUAAAGUUGGAUACGUGUGUGUGUG